CCAGGUUAUGUUUGGGCUACUCCAGCUAUGUGUGAGACCUCAGUAAUGGUGUAGCAAGGAUUCCUCAGUACAUUCAGAUAGGAAUGGUCCACUGUCUUUGCAUCUUUAAAGUGGUUUCCACUUAAUUCUAUUUAGUAAUGAACAAAGGUUUCAUCGUAAGUGGAACAAACAGCUACACUGACCCAGCUGGAGGAAAAGAAGACAAUGAGGAAACACAGAAGACCUUAACUGAGGGCAAUAUUUUAGUAUACAGUGCAGAAGAGAACAAGAACAAAUCAGGUUUUAUCAUGAUUGGAUCCACCAGAAAAUACAUGCAGUAUGAGGAUAUAAGAGUACCUGAAGGUGUACACACAGUGGAAAGCUUAAACUACGCAUGGAAAGAAUUUGAAACACGUGAUGAUGAUGUUUUCAAUGUCACAUAUCCCAAAUCAGGUACCACAUGGCUGCAAGAGAUCCUUUCUCUUGUUUAUAGCAAUGGAGAUCCCACACCAGUAAAAACAACUUUAAGCUGGGAUCGUGUGCCAUGGAUUGAACAGCAUAGUGGACGACAACACCUUGAACACAAACCAUCUCCUCGACUUAUUACAACACAUCUUCCUUUUCAUCUGUUUCCACAAUCAUUCUCCAAGACCAAAGCCAAAGCUAUCUACACAAUACGGAAUCCUAAAGAUGUUUGUGUUUCCCUUUACCACUUCUCUAAGUUUGCACAAUUUAUGGAAUACAGAGAAGACUUUCAGGAUUUUGUGUCUUUGUUUCUUAGUAAAGACAUUAUCUUUGGUCGCUGGUUUGAACAUGUAAAAGGAUGGCUAACAAUAAAAGAUAACCCAAACUUACUUAUUCUGUCAUAUGAGGACAUGCUUAAGGAUUUAAAAAGCAAUGUUAUUAAAAUUAGCAAAUUCCUGGGAAAAGAGCUGGAUGAUGCUGCCAUCGAUUCUGUUGUAGAGCAUUCUAGUUUUCAUGCAAUGAAGGCCAACCCCAUGUCCAACUAUUCUGCAGUGCCCAAUGAUGUUUUUAACAAAGACCAGGGAAAUUUUCACAGAAAAGGUAUCGCUGGAGAUUAUAAGAAUCAUUUUACUCCUGCUCAAGAAGAGGAAUUUGAAAGGAUUUACAAAGAGUGUAUGGAAGACAUCAACAUUUCCCUUUUAAAAAAAUGAAGAAACUAUUCCUGGAAUUAAAAUAUUUUUACUUUCCUUAUAAAGAAACACAUAUGAAGAUAAAAUAGUCUAUAAAAUGAACAUGGGAGGAUGAGUAUUAUUUGUUUACAAUAAAAAGUAUGAAAUAAAUGUUCAA